CGACAGAAAGUCGGCUCAUCGAAUGUGGGCAUGGGGGUCACGAAGACCCAGGCAAGCAUGAACGCCGGUUCCGUUCCGAAAAUGUUCAAACUUGACGAUGAUGCAGGAACGAGCAGUUUAGUGCCUCAGGGACUGUACAACUACAAUCACAAUUCGUUAUUCAUGCAUAUGCCAAAAGAGGAAAUUAAGCACGAGCCAGGAGAGUCUCCGAAGCACAAUGCCACAAACCAGUACCAGUUGCAACCGAUGCAAGGGAUGAUGAACACCCAGAGUACUUCUCCGGGACCCGAUCGGUCUCCAUCGAACCUUACUCCGUCGCCAGUGAUGAUGGGUGGUCCAAUUUCACCGCACGAUCCAGGCAGCAUUACGCCAACACCCCCCGCGUACACCACGCUAAACGGACCGGUGGGAAAUCUUUACUUCGAAGUAACCAUGGCCAACCAACAGCACCACCACAACGCCACCAACCCCAUGUUUGACCUGAGCAUGCCCGGGCCGUCCAACGGCUGGGUACAACCAGUACCAACAACGAAUCAAAAUGGUCUCAAUCGGCCUAUGGAUCAAACGCCUCUGAAUGUUGGGAGCUUUGGUUCGCUACCGCUGGUCGGAGAUCCAACCCUGGGCAUGGUGUCUACCAGUAUCCCGAACAACGUUACCCCCCAGUCCAUGAGUUGCCUUCCGUCCAUGAAUUCCGACAUCAACCUCAACAUGGUCGACUUUGAACCGGUGCUGAACUCAUCCGAGAUACGGUACGUCCUGGGAACGUUCUCCAACUCGGACCUUAACCGCCUGGCGCAGGUUGCGCAGGGACAACAAACCGGCACCAGCUACCCGCAGCAGAGCACGAACAUCCCGCAGCAAACGGUCAAGACACCACUGGCGGGGCAGCAGCAGCAGCAGCAGCAGCAGCAGAUGCAACCGAUGCCCGAUCUUAACGACAACGACG